CUCUAAUUUCAAGCCCACGCACUAGCAAACUAAGUCUCAACUGAGAAGAUGGACCAGGCCCCAUCAACUAGCCCAUAAAGAUAUCGCCAGAGUUUUACGAUGAAAUAAAAUGCUUACUAGGGUUUCCACGCUAUAAAAUUUCCAGCAUCGCCGCUCAGUCGAGUGUUGUUGAGGCGGCAGUGGAACUCGCUAAGCUUGAUCGAUAGAAAAAGAAUUCGCAGGAGCUAAUCACCAACAGCCAAAAAAAUGUCGGGUGAAGAAGUUGCCGUCGAACAGCCUGAGGCUGUUGCAGCCCCUGCUGUCCCUGCUCCGGGUGAGCCGAUGGACUUGAUGGCAGCCUUGCAGCUAGUGCUGAAGAAAUCUCUUGCACAUGGUGGUCUAUCAAGGGGACUUCAUGAGGGCGCCAAAGUGAUUGAGAAACAUGCUGCUCAGCUUUGCGUGCUGGCCGAGGACUGCAACCAAGCUGACUAUGUCAAGUUGGUGAAGGCUCUCUGUGCUGACCACAACGUCAACUUGAUGACUGUGCCUAGUGCCAAGACCCUUGGUGAAUGGGCUGGGGUAAGUGUUUCGUCUCAGUCUCGGUUCCUGAUGCUCUGCAAGAUUGAUUCAGAGGGCAACGCAAGGAAAGUUGUUGGAUGCUCAUGCGUUGUUGUCAGGGAUUAUGGGGAGGAAAGUGAAGGGCUUAAUGUAGUUCAAGAGCAUUUGAAAGCCAACUAGAUAGUACUUGAUGGACGGGCUGUGAUGUUACAGGAGCCUACACCGAGUUGUUUUUGUUUCCAUCAAGUUAGAGUAAAGACCCUCUAUUUCAUAGAUUAUGUCUGAACUUUGUUCUUGUGCUGGAUUUUUAUUUUUGGUUCUCCGUUGUAUGCUACUUUUUUGGUGGUGAAGAUUAAUUGACUUUUAAACAAGGUGUUUGAGAGCUUCCUGGUGCAACGUAUGGAUUUUAUGUUGGUAUCUGUUUCAAUAGGU